CAGAGCUGAGAGUCGAGUGUGCGAUGCUAGCGUGCCGCGACCAGGUCGGUACCGCACUUUUCAUGCAGAGUUCUGUGUGAUUCUUGGAUGUCAAGGGCCAAGGGCUAACAAGGACUUGUGAUGAGUCAUGAGUGAGCGUUCCGUGGCUGGCUCAAGCACCUUGGCACUCACAGCAUCUCAUGGCACUAUGUUGCACUCGUGUUUCAAGGAUUUGGGCCAGCCCUGUCGUCCUAGCUUUGAGCAUGCUGCACCUGUCAGCGGUUGCGGUGAGUGCUGCAACCUGUUCAGCUUCCGAGAAGCUCGAUGGUCUCCAGUGUUUAGGGCUUGAGAAGGAUGGCAUGCCACUGGACAUGGGGGCAGAUGCUUGUAGGAAAGCUUGCUGCAGUGACGCAUCUUGCGAUGUCUGGCAAUUCCAUCCGAUGUUUGCUUGCUGGCGGGGGAAGUCUAGUCUUUGCAUGCAAAGUGGAGACUCCUUUGCCAAUGGUAGCGUUGGAGAGCGGCUGCGUGGCUCAGGAAAUGAGUUCCACUUUUUUGGCCGCCUGCAGGGCUAUGCAGAAUAUGUAGAUCUGGAUCCAGCCCUUCGACCACGCGAGCUGCAUAUUGAAGGCUUCGAUGGCGACAGCUACCGCCUUUCUCGAAAUGGUGCUCGACUUGAGGUGUAUAUCUCCUGCUGGUCGGACAGUCGGCGCCCGCAAUGGUGCUGCAAUUGGCCAGGAACGCCCGUGCCUCCUCGUCGAUGUUGGAUAAUUGCAGACAUGGCAGCACACUGCUGCAAGGCUGGCGUCUCAGCUGACAGGGAGAUUUUGUACAACGCGUACACGCGCAACACACCUUUGCUGUCUCCCGCGGAGCUAUCAAUUUUUGAGCAGCUUUUGCCAGAAGAGAAAGUUAAUGAGGCGAACUUCAAUGCCAGCAGAAGCCGUUGGGCUUUAGGUUGGCAUCCUCCCGACGUUUUGUGCCCUUCCGACUCCAUCGAAAUGAACGGCGAAAGGGCUAUGCUGGAUGGGUCAGCCGUCUUGUGGCCGUUGGCGGUCAUCCUGAGAGGCAAUAUGCAGAUCACGAGGACCUUUGUCAACAUUGGAGCUGGCACCUGCUUACCUCCAGAUCCUUUAUAUCAACUUUUGGCGUCUUCUGAAGGGCAUGGCUUCCUGGGGCUCGCUGUGGAAGGGGAUGCCACUAGGCUGAAGAGCUGUGAGCUCGAGAUGGCCAGUACUUCUGCCACUGUUGUGCCUGUGCACCUGUCUUUGAACCCAGUUAAUGCAGUUCAUCGACUGCUCCCUUUCCUGGGUCCAAUGUUUCCAGAGGCGCUGCCACCGUGGCCCCUGGACUUUUUGGUGGUGGACAUUGAUGGUGUGGAUUGCCUGGUGGCCGAGGAGCUGAUGCAGCUGGUGCGACCCAAGGUGAUGCAGCUGGAGAUCGCCUUCCAUGUCCCACCUCCAUUUCGAUAUUCAAUGCAUUGGGAUUCCGAGAAGUCACCUCACUGGAACGAUGACUAUGACAUUGACAGAUUGAACCCUGCAGCUGGCUGCUCCUUGAGCUAUGCACUACAUAAGUUCAAGCCUUUUGGCUAUCAUUUGUUACGCUUGACGCCGCUUGAUGCGAUCUUUGUCCACGAGUCUGUCGCGCCAAUUAUGGAAUCAGGCUUGGGGAUAAAGCUGCCACAGGACGAGUUCUUAUGUUACCGGAGUAGCACCUUGUGGGUGCAGUUGCCAGGGAAAUAUGUCCGCGAGUGGUUCUAUGCUCCGCACCCAGCAGUUGCCUUUAGCCAAAUAUGGUCCAAUAUCUCCUUAGUGAACCAGGAGAUGGGCCGAGAUGAUGUUCCAUUUACCUUGGAUUUCUAGAUCAGCCACCAGUGCCAACGACCAUUCACCG